UGAAUAAUUCCGUAAUAUCAUGAAAUUUAAAAAAAUAAAUGUAAAUAUUAAUUAUAAUUAUAAUUUAAACUUGAAAUUUAAUAAUCAAUUCCAGUGACUUCCUACUCUAGAUAUAUAUUUCUACUGUAUUGAUUGAAGAAAAAAUCAAAAUUAAUAAUACUCAUGGUGCUUAUUUUAUCCUUGAAUAUUUUUUUAUUGUAAAGAGGAAAAAAAAAUUGGUUCAUUUUAUUAUUAAAUAUUAAAAUUAUUUUAUAUUUUGUUUAAAUGUAUAUUUUCUAUACUAAUUAUAAUAGCUAUUUAGGAUUUUGCUACCUCAGCAUUAUCACCAAAUUUUAGUGUGAUUGAAAAAAGUACAUUGUCAAUCUUAAAACGAAUCAAUUGAUAAAAUAAAUUUUAAAAAACCCGUACUUAGGUGCUUUUGUAUUUAGAAUAAAAUUAAUAAUUUCAAAUAGCUUUCAUAAUAAAGUUUGCAUACUUAUGAGCUCAAGAAAUAAUUCAGUGCAUGUAAACUUGCUUGAAAAAAGGCCAUUUAUAACAUUUUUUUUUUUUUUUCAAUUCUACAAACAUUUUAAGCGUCAAUGAUAAUAUUUCUAAAUGAAAAAUAUAAAUAAACAGAGAUUUUGAGAUGGGUCAAUGAGUGAUUAUAGUAUACAUAAAAGAAAUAUGAUAGAUUAAAAGUACCUGAAUGAGAUGAAUAUCAUGAUGUUGCGGGUCCAAGCAAGAAAAAAAAUUUUUUUAAAUAUAAAAUAUUCUAUUUUAAAUUAUCUAAUAUAAAUAUAAAUUAAAUUAACGAACAAAUAGAGAAUAUAUAUUUUUAUUUUUCGUUCGAGUGGUUUAUUAAUCAACGAUAAAUUUUAGGAAUUGUUGAUUAAUAAGAUAUUUUUAUAAUGCAAUGGAUUUAUUGGUAUCGGUUUACACGUGUUAUUUUAAUGUUUGUCUUUUAUUAAUUCAAUGCGAGUAAGACUGUAGAGCCUUAUGGCUUAUUAUAAUUAUUCAUAACAUUUAUUAAUUUUUUUUUCAAAUUAUAAAUUAUUACUAUUAUUUUCAAAAAUUCUUACAAUUAUUCAAUAAUUGUAAUUCAUAUUUUAUGACUCCACAGCUCUGUGUAUUUAAAAAUGUUUAAGUAAAUAAACAAGGACAAGAGAGAGUAUUUAUUAAAUAUUGAUGUUUAACCACAGCCGCAAGACUAAAGUUUUACACGUAUUGAAUUUCUUAACGUACUUAGAAUAUGAAAAAAAAAAAAUAUUAGCAUAUAAUGAAUGUUGAAAAUAAAUUUAUAAAAUUAUAUCUAUACAAUUGUAAUGAUCUCAAGCGGCACAAAAAAAAUUGUUUACUUUUUGCUAAAUUUAAGGCGACAAUUUGUAAUCAUGUAACCAAUUCUGGACUUAAAUUUAGCAAAAAAGUCAACAAUUUUUUUUUGUGCCGCUUGGGAAACAGUAUUUUUCUUGCAGUACGUCUUGGCGCCAAUUUUAAAUACCUAUUACAUUGUAACUCGUUAAUAUUAAUGAUAGAUUAAAAAUAUUCUAUAAGAUAAAUGUUACUUUGAAUUGUUAAAUUAACGUUUUAAAAUAUUAUUGUAAAUAAAUAAAUAAUCAGUAUUACAGUAAUAAGAUAUAGAAGAACUAUGCCUUAAAAUAGAAGAAAAAAUAAAUAUUUUAAUGUCCUAUGAAAUGUAUUUUGUGAUUUGUUUACAUUAUUAAUGGUGUUUAUAUACUUACUACCUAAUACUAUUCAUACAUUUAUAUCCUAAAUAAUAAUCCGAGUUCCUCAAUUGUCAAAUGUAAGCAAAGAGAACAGUUUCAUUAAAAAUAUUUAGUGUUAUAUAUUAUAAUAAAUAGAGCGUAUUGUUUUAAAGCCAAAAUGGCAUCACCACGUCUUGCGAUUUCAACUUUAAGUCAUCGUAAUUUAUCACCAAAUCUUGUUAAAAAUUUAUUCAGUCCCAGUCCAAGAAAAUCAGAAAAAACUUCUCCAACUCUGAGUAAAAAUAAUCAUGAAAAAACAUAUAAAACAAAAAGAAUUUUACCUUUUAGUAUAGACACACCAAAUCGCAAAAAAAUAAUAAAUGAUAAUUUACCAAAUGGAAAAAAAGUUUUACUUGGUUGCGGUGGUUUUGGAAUAGUUUAUAAAGCGUUUUAUAAAGGUAAUCAAGUAGCUGUUAAAAUAAUAAAGCGAAAAAAUAUCCACGAUGCUCAAGUAGAAGCAGAAAAACUCGCAUCUUUUUUACAACAUCCUAAUAUUAUUAAAAUUAUUGGCAUAGAGCAAGGUUCUAUUUGGUCAUUAAUUACUAUGGAACUUUGUGACAUGUCAUUACAAGAUAAAUUAGAUAAUGUUAUGUUAACUAGAACUGAAAGAAUUGAAAUGUGGAAAGCAAUAGCUUCUGCUUUGGAAUUUUGCCACAAUGCAGACUUUGGAAGUUCUAUUAAUAUAGGUACAUCAAUAAAACCUAUUAGUUUUCGCGGAACGCCAGGAUAUGUAGCGCCAGAAGUUAUAAAAGGUUGUAUUCCGAUAGUUAAAUCAGAUAUUUAUUCUUUGGGAAUAAUAGCAUGGCAAAUGUUAUCAAGAAAACUUCCUUUUCUGAAUUAUCAUUCUCAUACUAUACUAUAUCUUACUGGGAAAGGAAUAAGGCCUGUCGAUAAUGAUAUUGAUGAUGAAUGUCAUGGUGGUUAUAAAAAUCUGUAUCAGCAAUUGUGGUCCGAUAAUGCUAUUGCCAGGCCGAGUCUUGAAGUUAUUAUUUUUAAACUG